AUGUCAUUCUUCAACCUGCGUACUAGUGCCUUGGUGGCUACUGUGUUAAUGAUCUUACUCAGCUCCCCCAGUCAAGUGGCGAGCGCUGCCCUUGAACGAAGAGAUGACCGGUGCAAUCCCCAAAAUCAAUAUCUGGUGCCUCAUGAUUGUGCCCUCGCAUUCCUAAACCUCAAUUUCCAAGGCGACAGCCAGAUGGUCCGAGGCCCAAGCGCCGUUAAUGCCGCUUCUGGAACGUGCCGAGUUAUCGUUGACUGUCCUGGUGGAACCAAAGUAUCUGCCGGGCGGCUUCUGGACAGGAAUGGACCCAAUGGAUUUGAUGCGCUCCAGCAGAUCUGCACCAAAUAUGGACAAGCCGGGCAAAUGUUUGUCAAUGGGGGCUGCCAAAUCAGAACCGAAUUAUCCACAUCAUGA